AUCCCGGUCGGCCCGACGGUGGUGCACACUUUCAUGAGUCGGUCCCGGGUGGCCCUGCUGGGCCUGGGCCUAUUGCUCAUGCUGCUGCUGUACCUAGGGCUGCCGGGUCCCCCUGAACAGACCUCCUGGCUUUGGGGAAACCCCAAUGUCACAGUCGUGGCUGGUCUCACACCUGGCAACUCCCCCAUCUUUUACCGUGAGGUGCGUCCACUGCACCGGGCACACAGGGUGGAGGUGGUACUGCUCCACGGAAAAGCCUUUAACUCCCACACAUGGGAACGGCUGGGUACGCUGCAGCUGCUGUCACAGAAGGGCUACCGGGCCGUGGCCCUUGACCUCCCAGGUUUUGGGAACUCAGCCCCUUCAGAAGAGGCCAGGACAGAGGCAGGGCGGGCCGAGCUGCUGCAGCGGGUGCUGCGGGACCUGAAGGUGCACAAUGCUGUCCUGGUGAGCCCCUCACUCAGCGGCCACUACUCUCUGCCCUUCCUGAUGCGAAGUCACCAACAGCUGCAUGGAUUCGUGCCCAUCGCACCCACCUCCACCCGGAACUACACUCAGGAGCAGUUCUGGGUGGUGAAGACCCCGACCCUCAUCCUGUACGGGGAGCUGGAUCGUGUCCUGGCACGGGAGUCACUGCAGCAGCUCCGCCAUCUGCCCAAUCACUCUGUGGUGAAGCUGCGUGCCGCGGGCCAUGCUUGUUACCUCCACAAGCCACAAGAUUUCCACGUUGCCCUCCUCUCCUUCCUUGACCACCUGCUUUGA